AUGUCUGAAGCUUACGCAGGAAAGUCCGAUCAGCAGAUAAUCGACGAGCAGGCUCGUGACCUCGACUUCAAGUCGGACAACCGCCUCAAGGACUCGUUCAACCCUAAGACCACCGUCACCUCGGAAGAAUCCGGCGUCAACGAAUCUGGUCUCGAAAAGUUCCCCGGCGCUUCCGUCAGCGUCGGUCGCACUGGUCAGACCGGUGGUGGCGCCAACCCUCAAAACAUCCCACCCGAGGAGGGAGGAGACGACCGAAGCCAGCGCACCGGCGAGUCGAGCAUCCGUUUCGAAGGCACUGGUGGUCCCCAAGACAAGAAGUACGAGGCUUUGAGGGACAACCCGGGUGGAUUUGACGCCAAGCCCCGUGGAUUCGACGAGCCUCACCAGGCUCAACUUAACGAGCCUGUUCCUCAGACCGAGCCUCAGCGUCUUGAGGCCGACCAGGAGGCCACUGCCCGCAACCAUGCCAUCAACUCGUGA